GCUGUGCGGGAAAAUGGACCCUAAACACUUGGGUGAAACGUUACACCAGGCCACAAAACAAAAGCGGCCACUGUGUCUCGCCUCCUGGGCUGAAGAGGUCUCUUCAUGAAGUCACCGGUUAAAUUUAGACUCAGCGUGGCAUUUGUGUCCGGGAUCACAACCUAGAGCUGUACCAUUGAAAAUCAGACAGGUUCCUCUGGGAGAUUUAGUCCCACUGGGUGGGGGUGGGUCAGAGUUAUCCCCGGGGGAGGGUGUUUGGGCGGUUGGAGUAGAGGCGUCUCCCUCCCUAGUAGCGCAGCCCCGACUGCGGGAGAUUCCUGCUGCCCAACCCGGGGACAGCGUCCGUCUGUGUGGCCUAAGAGGGGAGGCCAGGCAGCUAUAUACGAGAAACCAUGAUGGGGGUGUCGGUGUGUGGCGGCUCAGUUUGCACGGUGAGAGCACUUUGGGAAGGAAGGAUUCAAAGGCUGAAGGAAGAAUAUGAGAAAGAGAGAGCGCGGUCGGAAAGGAAGGCGCCCACAGGGCUAACGAUGGUGUGGCAGAACCGAAUAAAUCUGGCCAGGCUCAAAGAGAAAGUGGUUACCGAAGAGGGAAGAGUUGUGCUGAGGAUUGAGAAGGAGAAAUGGAAGACGCUACCAGAUGCACUACAACAAAUGACAUAUAUACAAGCAUGGCAGAUUCACAGAACGAGCUUGGAAAUUAUUCCUCGAUUUAUUGGAAAAUUUGAUAAUCUCCUUGUACUGGAUUUGUCACGCAAUUCAGUCAGGGAGAUUCCCAAGGAAAUAGGACAAUUGACCAAAUUGCGAGAGCUAUAUGUCAGUUACAACAGAUUGCGUGCUGUGCCUGAGGAGCUUGGUGACUGUGAAAAUCUGGAGAAACUAGAUCUUGCUGUGAACAGGGAUCUCUGUGAUUUACCUGAACAGCUUUCUCACCUACAAAGACUGUACCAUCUUGACCUGUCCAUGAACUGUUUCACUAUCUUCCCUUCAGCUAUUCUCAAUAUGCACGCACUGGAAUGGUUAGAUAUGGGCAGUAACAAACUGAAGGAACUGCCAGAAGAUAUAGCCAGAAUGGAAAACCUACACACAAUUUGGCUACAGAGGAAUGAAAUCACUCACUUGCCGGAAGCCAUCAGUAAAUUGAAAAAUCUCAGUACUCUAGUUUUAACUAGUAACAAGCUACAGAAAAUCCCAGUUUGUAUGGAAGAAAUGAUCAACUUACGGUUUGUGAAUCUGAGGGAUAACCCUCUUCAGCUUCAAGUAACUCUACCCCAAUGUGAAAAUUCAGAGGAAGAAGAAGACCGUGAACUGUUUGGCAUAGAAUUCAUGCAAGCCUACAUUGAAGAAUUAAAAAAUAGCAAAACUAAAACUUAUACGUCAGAACUGUCUGUAACAAUUGAAGCUGAAAUAUCCUACUGAAAUCAAGUUGCCUUGUGUAUAAAUCAAAUACUGGAUUAAAAGACCACAACUCACUGCUAAAUAUAUAUAAUUUACAUAAACUUGAGUGGAUUCUUCAAUAUUGUUGUGAAAUUAUGAAAGGACCUCCUUUAUGUGAAAUGAGAUUUAAGACACCAAAUAAAUGAGAUCACAUUGCUGAAACUUAGUCUUGUUUGUGCAGUAUAAUACAAACGUACCACAAGACAAAGAGAAUCCAAGAAGAAUUAAUGACAGGCCAAUAAGUGGAACUUAUUGUGUAAUAGAUAAUGGUAUGAGGAAUGUUUCAGCAAAAUUUGUUUAACAGUUUACCAAUAUCAAUCUGUUGAAAGUCACUUCUUAUUGAAUCUUUGGAACAGGAAUAGCUGUGAGCAGGACAUUUUCUAGAGAGAUGCUGGGACUAGCGUAAUACUGCAAAACUGAAUCAAAUCCUUGCUGCUUCAAGUAGUAGAUCCGUCCUUGGUCUAUCAGCCGCUUGCAAAGAUGACCCAAAUGUUCUCUCUCUUCUACAGUCAGUGUCCUGAUAAGGAAUUAAGAUAAAUAAAAAUGGAACUGUUGAAAAAUAACAUACUUUUAUUGUGCAGCGAAAGUGGGAUUACUUGUCUUCAUACUCGUGAUUAGGCAAUAUCACAAACAAAAUGAUGUAUGGUACGGGUUUUGAACCUUUUGUUGUCUGUGAUACUUGCUGGAAGAGAAGCUUCUUUUCACAGCUGAGAUAUCUAUUCAGGUGGCCCAACUUGACAUACGUUGAAAGAUCCUAAAAUCUUCUGCAUCAAGACCUUGUGAAAAAAAAAAUUCCUUGCCUACGUAAUGCCUCCAUUCACAUCGGUGAUGGCAACACAGUGCAAUAGCAACUCCCAGGACUGGACUUCUAUUUUCAGCACUAUCUACAGUACAAUUAGAAAGACAUUUGUGAUCUCCUAUCGUGCACAUUUCAUCACUCUUCAAUCUUUUUUCUGGUGGUUCCUUGCCAGUAUCUUCCAAAUUUGUUUUGUAGCUUUCCAUGAGACAUCUUAAAGCAAGGUCUGUGUAAUUUAAUUUAAAAACAUUACAGACUAUCAAUAACUUGCAUAAUAUUACAUGUUCCCAGCUUGUUUCUUACUUUUGGGGUGUUAAUGUGAAUUUGUAGUUACAAAUGCAAAUACUUAAAGCAAACAAUUUCCUCCAAUCUGAUCUGGGUGGCUGUACUUUGGAGAAAUCUUUCUUGACAAAUUGCAUUUGGGCCUUUGUUGCAAUAUAUUAAGCAUACGCUUUUCACUUUGCAGAAAUAUCACUGUUUCAGAUUUGGUGCUGCACAGUGAUUGCUGAGAAUACUGAAAUCCAAUUCAGAAGCUUUGUGAAUAAUGAAUGGUGAAAUAACCAUUUAGAAAGACAAGACUUAACAACAAAGAUAUAUUUGGCUAGUAAGGAAGAAAAAAAAGUGUAUACAUGAAGAAGAUAACAAAUGCAGCAAGUGUUAUUUACAAGAAAAGUUGACAUUUCUCGUACUAAUUGAGAUUAUAAUGCUGAGACAUACUUGGCACAGAAGUAGCUUAUAGCUGAAUUUUAAAAUAAUGAAAAUGUCUAUAUAUUUGAACUAUGCAAGUGACUAAUGCAUUUAUGUACCAUAUUGUGUGAUUCAAAUGUAUGUCAAAGCUUGUUAAGAUUUAAUGAGGAGACAAAAGAAAAUUAACCCUUUUAAAGAAGGAAAGCAUUAGGAUGCCAAUUGUAUAAAGUAGCCCCUACUUGUUUAAUUUGUAAAAGUAAACCAAUGGAAACCUUCCAGUUUGAAUCUCUGUUUAUGCCUGGUGCCAACCUGAUGAGCAAGGUAAUGAUUUGUCCUGGUGUGAUUCAAUUUGCUGUAUCAGAUGAAGUAUCUGAUUUAGGAUGCUUGCCAAUGGAAGUCAUUGAACUCAAAAUGCUUAUUAACUAAGCAUUCAAGCAUACUGUGUGAAGUCACAAAGUGCAUAUGUGAAGAGUGCAUGUAUUCCAAAUUUAUUGUAACCUCACAGAGGUAAAAUUUGAGAUGAUUUCUCUUUCUUUUCAUACUAUUUUAUUUUAAUGUGAUUUUUCCAAGAACAUUGGGCUCUAUGAAAUUAUUUAGAAAUGUUAAUUAUAAUUCCAUAAAUAUGGAAGUAAGUAGGAAGUUUAGAUGUAAACUUUAAGUACUAAAUUGAUCUGGUAUAUUUAUAACACUGUAACACUGUACCUCAGCACAUAAGGGUUAAUAGUUCACUUUUUAAAAUUAGCUACAGAUUAUUACUUAAUACAUUUGAUAACAACAGCAAUAAAUUAAUCUUUGGACAUAAGCUGAGCACUGCAGCCUAACCUUAACCGCUGUUAACCUCCAUGUCUACCAUCUACGAAUAAGCCAAGAAAAGCUGUCCACACCUGCUCUAAAUAUUAUAUCCAUUUUCAGGAAGAGUUUGUGGUAUUCAUUUUAAAUUCAAAGUGGUUAAUUUAUUGAUAGAUAACAAUGUGUUGUCAAAAGUGGCAAUGUUUUGUAUCUGCAUCAGUACACAUCUGGGCAGGAGCUAGUAAUGCUGAUGAACCAAACAGUUGUUUCAUCCCUCCAUGUCAUCUCUCAAUAACAAUCUGCAUCAACUUAUUUCUAUUAAUAUCAAAUUUUAGAAUAUUUUAUAUCCUACAAGGUUAUUCAGACAAUGUCAUAAUUCCAUUAACAACAAAUUAUGAAUGUCUUACAGCUAGUGCUAGUAACAGAAAGAUGACAAUACUUGUUAAAAUGAGGAUUGGGACUCACAACAGAACCGAGGCUUGCAAGGCUUGGCUAUGAAGUGUUACUUUCUGUGAUACUCGAAAGAAUAUACAAUUUACAAAUGGUGCAGGAGGCUGCUGAAUGACAAAUAUAAGAUAUUUAAUUUUCAUACCCAAAGAUUUCAUUAAAUUCAAUCACACCUGUAGCAGCUCCACACAAGUGCUUGCCGAUUCCAACAACAGGUAGUCUUUUUCUUGCAAGAAGAGGCACCCUACCUGCAACAAUAUACUGAUUAAGAUGAUUGUUUGAAAAGAGAACUAAAAUAUAAUUAUUUUGGAAGUGUACAAAACUGUAACUUGCCUAGGCUGAGAUCUUUGAUGUCAACUUGAAGUCGCUCAAACACUGAGCCUCUAUUUUUAUGUUUACCAUCUACCUUUAAGAGAUAAUGUUACAUUUGCCCAGUUAACUUCCUGAGAUUUUUAGAAAAUUAUUGCAAGCAAAUAGUCAAUAUUUAAUCGCUUGAUUGCAGCAAACUAUUACCUUGAAACGUGUAGUUGCUCUCUCCACAAGGAGGAAGUAAACAUUCUUGGCAUCUUGUAAAGCAAGAUCUAUCCAAUGGGACAACUUGCCUCGACCAGCACCAAACUCCACAAAACAUCUGUUAGAUCCAAGCAAGCCCAUUCUUUCCAAAUUACCAGCAAGUGAAGCCUGGAAUAGGACAACGUAAUCUCCUAUGGAUUAACUGCUCAGGAUGUCAACUAAACCAUAAAAAUAUGUACUGUCACGAUAUCUUUGCCAAGAGUGAUACAGAUGUUUAAAUUAGUUAGUCAUCCAGAAUAAGAGGAUCCAAAGCCCAAUCUCCACAGUUUCUACUGAUUUAGUUAAACUAGAAACGAUUAAAGAAGUGCUACAAGUAGUAUCACUGCUCUGAACCAGGAAUUGACAAAGUGACUGAGGGAGAUCACAACUAAAAUCAUGUAAAAUACAGAUUCGGUGACAAUGUGAAUCAACAAAUGGUGGAAUAAUUCAAUUGUAAGAUGAGUAAAGGGUUUCCUCAGUACAUGAAGUUUAUAUUUUUACAGAAAUUCUCAAUGGCUAGUGCAUCCAGUAAAAAGAGAAAUGAAUUUAUUAAAACACAUUUUGCCAUGUUUUUUUAAAAUUCUUUCUUGUAAGUAGAAUUAUGUAUAUAGAGAAGAAACAGAGCUAUUUACCCACUCUUGCAGUUCUUGAUGCUUUUCAGAAACAGUAGGAAUCACACAUGCAGCACAAUUAAUGCUUCCCAUGGAACUAAGAAAUUAUACAUAAUGGCUAAACAUAAACCUAUUUUUAAUUAAAAUCAUAUAUAUGUGUACUGCUAUAUCCUACCUGCUGUUUCAAAUGUUUAAAGGCAAAAUCUCCAUUUUUUGGAUCAUUCAAAGCUUCCUGUAGUGCUUCGUGACUUAAUGUUUGGUCUGUCAGCUUAGAAUUCAAACCUGCAGUCAAUGAAUAACAGAUUUAGAAAACCUAAAUAACACCUUCAGUUAAUCACUUAAAUUUUGGCUGCGAGUCCAUCAUUAAGAAAACAAAGGCAUUGUUUCCCAUAUCUGUGCUCUUCUUCAAUCAAGUUUUCACUUUUGAACCAGCCCUCGUCAAGUGACAUCCUCAGUUUGUCUGACCACAGUGCACAAGCCCUCUGUCCUUGUUGACCUCCCUGCAGCCUUUAACAGUCAAACAUGUCUCCCUUAAAUGUCUCGUCUUUGUUAUCCAGCUAAGUGCAACUUUCUUCACAUGAUUCCACUCUUAACGAUUUGUUGUACCCAGGAAACGUUCUGCAAUGGUUUCUUUUUCCAACCCCACAAUGUUACUUUUAGUGUCCUCAAACAUCCAUCCUUGGCCCUCUUCUAUUCUUCAUCCACAUGCUACUCUUUGACAACAUCAUCCAAAAACAUGACCCAAGCAGCCAGAUUGGCAGUUUCAGAUUCAGCUCUACCUAAAUCAUCACUCGACACUUCUAUGGCGUCUGUCUGAUUGUCCAAAAUCAAAUCCUGCAUGAGAACAACUUCCUUCAAUUAAAUUUUUGUAAGACCAAACUUAUUGCCUUUAAUCAACCCCACAAAAUUCUGUCCCCUUACCAGUACUUUAAUUCCACUCUCCAAUCACUGUCUCAGGCUGAAGCAGAUUGUUCAUCGCUGAUUGAAACCUUGACCUACUAUUUGACCUCAAGCGGACUUGUCUAUCACAUUUCUUGUCUAUCACAAAAAAAAACUUACUUCCAUCCCCAGCCUCUGCUUCAACUUAGAAUAUCGCCAUCUGAACCACUCAAGAAUGCUUCAGUUAUUUCCAAACUCAUGCUACAUCUUCUAUUAGCUUAUCAUUCAAACUCAUCAUAUCCUAAAUAACGUUAAACUCUGCAAACUAUCAAUCCUGUUCCUCAAUGCCUCAAAUUUGAAACUCUCAACCUUUUGUUAAAAUCGUCUUCUGCCUCACUUAACUCAGCACCAUGUUGCAACAACUGUGUUUCUCCAACUCAAAGCUCUUAUGAGGUGUCAGCUGUAAUUCAGUUGGUCGCAUUCUUGCCUCAGUUAUAGGACUGUAUGUUCAACUUCUUAUUGUCCAAUCUAAAUAGUGUAAAUUUGCACAGUACAGCUAAAAGCAGCAGAUCGUGAAAGACCUUUUUUCUCCAAUGAUUUUAGGUUCCUAAUUCAAUAGGAUCAUAACUAUUACUUCAUUACAUGAAGUCACAAAAUUCUCUAAGGUAUUUUAAAUGGAGUAGAAAAGGAAUACCAGUCAUUAAGGUUCUAAAGCAGCAACGUUGGAAUGGUAGGGAAGGAUCUUGCUAAACAAUGUUGCCAUCUCCAAUGCACCCUUUCAGAGGUUCGUAGACAGUUCGGAGGGAUAUUCAGUUUGUUCUUCUGGGUUUCACUUAUUCUGAUGUGAUUGAUUCUCAGUGCUGAACAACCGAGAUGUUAAGCCUCUUGUGAUAUCGCUUUUUAAAAAAUUACGUAUACAAUAUUUCAUUGAAUUAUCAAUCCAUUUUUUUUCCACUCAAUGCCAGUCUGCUUCAGAUGCUGCCUUCUGGAAGAGGAAAGCUAGUCAUAGUUCUGGAAUACACAGGUGCCACUUAUGAUGAUUUGUUCUCAGAUAAUGUUUCAUGAAGAGUGAGGUUGUCUGUCUCAACUCCUAGGUCUUCACCCCCAUCCUGACGUUCAGGCGGCACAUCUCUCAGCUUCUAGCAACCAGGCUAAAAAAUAUUUAAACUAAUCCAUAGAGUGAUCUGAGGGUUAAAUAUUCCUAUGAAGAAACUAUAGCAUUCUUUCUUAUUUUCAAAAGGACCAAAUUGUUGCAAUUGUAGGAAGUAUAUUUCUGCUGUUGUUUUCAUAAACAUAAUGCUAGGGACAAUAUAUGCAAAUUAAAUAUUUUUCUUCAAUUAAUAUCACUUUCCUUUAAGCACACACACAACAUCAUACUCACUGCUUGUUGCCGUUAGGAGCUUUUUAACCAGUUUCUCCAGUUCUUGUUUGGACAAAGCACAAAUAGAAACCUUGAAUAUAUUUAAAAGAUGGAGUAAAAGGUUGCUUUACUGAAGGUAAAAAGAAGUUAAACAUUUUAGAAUACUACUGAUUUUCACCUCAUGGGAAGCUGUACCUGUUGUGUGGAUGUCUCCAUUGCAUCUGCAUAACCCCCAUUUAUGUCUUUAACAUAGUAAACCUGGAAUAUGCAAUACAAAGCAGGAGUAACAAGGAGCAGAAAAAGAUUACAGCAAUUCAAUAUAAUGCAUUUCAUUGUAAGAUUCUGAAUAUGGUAAGUUAGUUUACCACAACUGUUGAAAGAAUUUGUCUUUCUGGCAGUCACUUCAUGCUGUACUUAAUCCCAUGUACCUUUCUUCUCCGCAUCCCUUGAUAUCCUUGUCUCUCAAAAUCCCACCAAUAUUAAUCCUGACAUUUCAAUUGAUUCAGUGUGUACUUUGUAAGCAACCACAACAAUAAAUUCUGUUUCAAUUCAUCCUCUAUUCUGUUGGGAACAUGCUUAAUA